AUGUCGGCGAUACCAAAUCUACCCAUAGAUGAGCUACCGAUGAUGCAAUUCAAUGGUCAAGUAAAUGGCGUCACUGCACAAACACCUUUCAAGCUCCACGAUGCGCCCGUAGAGAACUUGCGUCGAUUAAAGGUCAUCGUCAUCGGUGCAGGUUACUCUGGCAUCUAUUGCGGAAUUCGCAUACCUGAGAGAUUGAGAAAUGUUGAACUAGUGAUCUACGAGAAGAAUGCUGGGGUUGGGGGAACUUGGUAUGAAAACAGAUACUUGGGCUGCGCGUGCGAUAUACCUUCGCACUCAUACCAGUAUUCUUUCCAGCCAAACCCAAAUUGGUCAUCCUUGUACGCGCCAGCGGCAGAGAUUCAAUCCUAUCUCCAAGAUGUAGCGCAAAAAUAUUCUGCGGAUCGCUUCAUCAAGCUGCGCCAUCAGGUCGACGGUUGUCACUGGGAUGACAAGACGGCCAAAUGGAACGUCACAGUAAAGAACCUGGCGACAGGAGAUACCAUCCAUGAUCAGGCAGAUGUGGUGAUUUCUGCAAGGGGUGGCUUGAAUAUCCCGUCCUGGCCGGAUAUUGAUGGUUUAGAGACUUUCAAAGGCGAAGUCAUGCACUCCGCCGCGUGGAAAGAAGACUAUGAAUUUGAAAAUAAGCGCGUUGGAGUAAUCGGCUCAGGCUCAUCUUCCAUCCAGAUUGUACCCAAUCUUCAGCGUCUACCAGGCACACACGUCAGCACAUUCGUGCGCAGUAAGACGUGGAUCUCCCCACCUUUUAGCUACUCACUCUGGGAUAAGUAUGGCUUUCAAGGGACGGCUAUUCCCAAAGAGCUUCGUGACCGCUUCGCCAAUGAUCCGGAAUACUAUCACGAGUUCAGGCUCGCAGUCGAAGAAGAUGGAAACGGGAUCCAUGCCUUUACCCAGAAAGGAACGCCUCUUCAAUCAGGCGCCAAGGAGAUGUUCCAUCAAAACAUGAAGGAGAGGCUGAAGGGCCACCCUGAAAUCUUUGAGGCGCUUUUGCCUUCGUUCGCGCCUGGGUGUCGUCGUCUGACACCUGGCCCGGGAUAUCUCGAAGCCCUCACGCAGCCAAACGUUGAUUUUGUCACGUCCCCUAUAACUCGCAUUUCAGAAUCGGCCAUUCACACUGCUGACGGCAAGGCGUAUGAGAUUGAUGCUCUUGUGUGUGCCACUGGCUUUGUAUCUUCUGCACCACCUCCGUUUCCGCUCACCGGUAGUGGUGGGCUAACCAUGACAGAAAAGUGGAAAGAUCGCGCUGUAGCAUAUCUUUCGCAUUCAGUCGCUGGAUUUCCCAACCUCUUCAGCAUGCUUGGCCCUAAUUCGGCCGUUGGGACCGGUAGCUUGACAAUGAUGAUAGAGACAAUGGGCGAUUAUAUCAUCAAAGCCAUUCGCAAGAUUCAGAAAGACAACAUCGCGUCCAUGGUUGCCAAAGAGGCACGAGAAAAGGACUUUAUCGAGUACGUUGACGCGUACUUUGAGAAGACAGUCUUUGUCGACGAGUGCAGAAGUUGGUACAAGAACAAGGGUACCGGGGAGAUUGUGGGUCUCUGGCCAGGAAGCACGUUACACUGCAUCGAGGCGAUGCAGAGUCCGCGAUGGGAAGACUUUGACUAUGUCUAUCUGGCCGAGCUGGAUGACCAUGACACUGAUAGCAAACUGAAAGGUGUAGGCAGAAAUUCGAACAGAUUGGCCUGGCUAGGCAAUGGCAUGAGUGUCAAGGAACAAAAAGAGCAGGAUCUGGCCUGGUACUUGUAUCCGGAAUUCGUUAGCAAGCCCGCUGCGCCGUACCCGGAGAAGAACAAGAUCUAUGACAUACGUCCGUUUUCGUACUAA